UGCACAGAGGAUAAAGGGAACAGCUUCAGGAGAACUAUAAAUAGGUAGCAGAAGAGGAGAACAUGGAAUAAUAGGACAAGAAAGCCUCCACUUCUGUUCUGCCAUCCCAGGAAAAAUAGUUUCAGAGAGGAUUCCAGUUGGUAUUUUACAGCAAAGACUUCAGUGAUGGUGUGUGGAAGAAUCAUGCUCUAUUAAAUCUGGAAAACUUCUUAGUGGAGCCCCAGGAUGUGCCUUUCCCCCCGAGAGCUGCAGCUGCUGCUGCUGGGGCUGGUGUGUGUCACAGAGCUUUGUGCUGUGCCAGCUGCUCUUCAGAAAGAUCCUAAGUGUGGGCAGAACGUUCAAGAGACCAGCCCGUGGAGUUAUUUUGCCCUCUUCACUCGGAUCGUUGGGGGAAACCAGGCGAAGCAAGGCUCACAUCCAUGGCAGGUUUCCCUGAAGAGAAGGCAAAAGCAUUUCUGUGGAGGCACCAUUGUUUCUGCUCAGUGGGUGGUCACAGCAGCUCACUGCACCCUGGGCAGGAACCUACUGCAAUAUUUGCAUGUCACUGCAGGAGAGCAUGACUUGAGGCUCAAGGAGAACAGUGAGCAGACACUGCCUGUCAAAUCUGUCAUUCAGCACCCGAAGUUUGACCCCAGAACUCCAAUGAACUAUGACAUUGCCCUUCUGAAGCUGGAUGGCACCUUCAACUUCAGUUCCUCAGUUUUGCCAGCAUGUCUUCCUCACCCAGGUGAAAAAUUUGAAGCAGGAUUUAUCUGCACUGCUUGUGGCUGGGGCCGUUUAAAGGAAAAUGGACUGCUCCCUCAGGUCUUGUAUGAAGUCAAUCUACCAAUCCUAAACAGCAGGGAGUGUUCAAGAGCACUAUCAACUUUAAAGAAACCCAUCCAAGGUGACACCAUAAUGUGUGCUGGAUUUCCAGAUGGAGGAAGAGAUGCCUGCCAGGGAGACUCCGGAGGCCCCCUUUUGUGUCGAGGCAAGCAUGGUGCCUGGACUCUGGCUGGUGUCAUCUCCUGGGGGAUGGGAUGUGCCCGUGGCUGGAUAAGGAAUGAGAAGAAGAAACACUACAACAGAGGAUCCCCAGGAAUAUUCACAGACCUCAGCACAGUGCUUUCCUGGAUUCAGGAGACCAUGAAUGCUGAUCUGAAAGUGAAAAGCUCCACAGUGUUUUGUAGUGUUCAGGAUGGCAAACUCUGCAACAGUGAAGGGGAAUUACAUUUUCCCGCAAGGCCUGAACAGUUCUAUCAAAACCACCAAUUGUGUAUAUGGACUCUAUCUGUGCCAGAAGGGAAUUACAUACGGCUUCGUUUCUCCCACUUUGAUGUGGAGCAAGAAAUGUUCUGUGACUAUGAUUCUUUAUCAGUCUAUUCAAAAGAUGACAGACUUGUGGGGAAGUUCUGUGGAAGAGAUCUUCCAUUACCUAUUUUGAUUGGCUCCAAUAGCAUAAGGCUGAAAUUUGUUUCUGACGAUGAGGAUUAUGGAACUGGUUUUUCAAUUACCUACAAAGCUCUUACACCAGAUAUUCCUCCUGAUGCUGGCUGUGAGUCCCUAGCUGUCCUUUUUGAAGAAGGAGUGUUAGAGAGUAUGCACUACCCAGAGCACUACAGCAACAUGGCAGACUGUCAGUGGAUUAUCUGUGCUCCAAAGGACCACGUAGUCAAGCUUACAUACCAGUAUUUUGAAGUAGAAGAAAGUGAAGAUUGCUCCUGUGAUGCUGUGACUGUGUAUGAGGAUGUGGGAAAAGAGGAGGAAAUCGCUAAGUUUUGUGGAUUUGCCCUACCAGCACCUGUUCUAAGCUCCUCUGCUGUGAUGCUGGUUGUCUUCCACUCUGAUGAAACAGAGACCUUUGGAGGAUUCAGAGCUACAGUUUCCUUUGUUCAUGUACCAGAUUUAGAUACUUUGAAUUCAACUAAUGAAGAUUUUGAAAAUAUGGAUAUUACUGAAGAAGAAAUACAGGUUACAACAGAGGAUGCUUGUGGAAUGCCUUCAAACCAGCCCAGGUUCAUCUUCAGUAGGAUAAUUGGAGGUGAAGAAGCUGUACAAUACUCAUGGCCUUGGCAGGCCAGUGUACAAAUUGCAGAUGAGCACAUCUGUGGAGGAGCAGUUCUUACCAAAGAAUGGGUUGUCACAGCUGCCCACUGCCUUAAUUCCAGGGAAGCAUACGGAGACUUAUGGAUGGUGGUAACAGGACUUCAUGAUCUUACAGAGCAAGAGUACAGACAGAAAAGGUCAGUCAAGCAGUGUAUUACACACCCAAGUUUUAAUGAGACCACUCUGGACUCUGACAUUGCCCUACUGCAACUGGCUGAGCCCUUGGAAUUCAACCCCUCGGUGCUCCCAGUGUGCCUCCCUGACAAGGAGGAGGUGCUGCAGCCCUCGAGGAUGUGUGUGGUCACAGGGUGGGGUGCACCUGAAGCAGACAGAGAAAAGGGGAAAAAACUGCAGCAGCUGGAAGUCCCCAUCCUGGCACUUGACGUCUGUCAGAGCUAUUACCUAAACCUUCCCAAUGAAGUGACCCAGAAGAUGAUCUGUGCCGGAUUCCCUCUGGAAGAAGGCAAGGACUCAUGCACAGGCGAUUCUGGAGGCCCAUUAGUUUGUCCUUCAGAAGAAAACUCGGGAUUUUACACCCUUCAUGGAAUUACUAGCUGGGGCUUGGGAUGCGGAAGGAAGAACUACCCAGGAAUAUACACCAAUGUUGAGUUUUUUGUUGACUGGAUCAAGAGCAAUAUUAAUAGCAGUGAUCUCCCCAUUUCUGUUGUGUGACUGUCAGAAGAACCUUUCUGAUGGAUCCCGUUGUGAAACACUUCCAAAGCACAAAUGUCAUUGAGAACAAAAUUUGGUGGGAGAAUCUCAGUUCAUGAUUGAUGAACAGACUCCAGAGUAGAUGAUACUUACCCUCCUGGUGAAUUUACUGCUGAUUUACCUGGACUGAGCUUUUGGCUUUACACGUGUGUUGGAGCAGUCACAAGUUACCUGCAGGCUCCUGACACUCUGUUAAUUCAUCUUAGAAGGAAAAAGGGGCAAAAUAACCUACAUGAGCCAAGCAUGUCCUUGAAUGUAGUGCUGGAGAGUAUAAAAUACUGCAGGAUAAUUUUAAUACAAUUUCUGGUUUUACAAAUUGUGUGCUGUUUAAACAAAGCUGCUUGAAAAGACAGGUGUUACAGGCCAAGGGACCAUGCAAAAACUGACAGCUAUCCUAAUUAAUCUAUGCAUUAACUUGUAAAUAGCAGUUUGUUUGAUGUCCAAAAGGCUGUUUACACAAAAAUCUGUGGUGACAGGCUCCAAUUAGCUUUGCAGACCCUUCUGCUCUCAGCUUUAGUGUUUAGAUCAGUAGGAUAGUACAACAGGCAGCACAAGAAUAAUCCUCCUUUGACUCAAUGGUCCAGAUAAUAACUAGAAGGUAAAAGAUGUCAUUUAGUUUCUGAUGAUAUUAAUGGCAAAAAUAUUUAGAGAGUUUUUCCCAUGCAAGCAUUUCGUGCCACUAACCCUCUUUUUUUUUUAUUGUAUUAGUUUUGAACUUAUGUUCUUUGGAUUUUUUCAAACCUUUAAUUUUAUUCUGUAGCUACGGAAACAAUAAUUUCACUGCCUUUAUUCUCAAAUGAAUAAGGUAAACAUUUUUCACCACUUUCUUCUCUUUGCUGUAAAGUUUGAGGCAAAAGCUCACAAAAUAUUGAGCAUGAGUUUCUUGUGAAGAUUUGAAAGUACUUAAUAGUGGAAGGGCUAUGGGAAAAUUCUGAUUCAGUGAUUCAGAUUAACAGGUGUGUUACAUUAUUGAUAGAGUAUGCUUGUUCUAGCUUUGAUAAACACUCUGAAGAGAUCUUAGGACAUCAGUGGUGGGAAUACAUCCUUUGUAAAUUUUUAUAAUAGAAGCCCGUUAAUGUUUAGUUGUGGUGGAAGUUGCCGUUAGCUGUCUGUAUCAGUUUAUGCUGGGAGCAAAUGUGUGUUAUCUCUUGGCUGCUAUUCUGUUUUGCUUAACAGGAACAAGGUGGCUUUUAUCUGUUUAUUAAUUUAAGACAAGGAUUUCAAGUGGAUGUGUUCAGAAAAGCAAAAAAUGUGUGGGGAGAAGUACAAGUGGUAUCAGCUGUGCUGAUAUUGAUAUUUAUCAGCAGUGGUUAUAUGCUGAUAAAUUGGUAUUUCUUAUGAAAAUUCCUGUCUUGAAUUCUGUCUUAAAAUGUCUGGUUUUGAUUUGAUUGUUAGGGUACUAACUUUUUGCUUGGCUGCUUGAUGUUGACCUUUUGUGUUUCUCCUAGAUUUUACAAGGAGCCGAGUCUUGCUUUUGUUUGUUACAUGUUUUUAGUCUCUUGUGAGGUGCCGGUACCUUUUAGCAAGAGUGUGAACUGUUUCCUGAUGCAAAUGAAAUCUGAUUUAAAAAAAAAGUAAAAAAAAAAAGAAAAUUAUGUUCAACGGGGCUCAUGCAAUGGGACUCUAUUUUAGACUUUCAGGUGAGGCACUGUGACUGUAGGUUGUCCUGUUUGCCUCUGGAAUGGUGUGCUGACGGUGUCCUGCUCUCUCUGUGCGCCUCUGCCUGUGCAGAUAACACAGGCCAUGCUUUUCCUGACUCUCCUCCCACUGUGGGUCUGCUCAAAAGGACAUAACAACCCCAUUCUCACCGGAUCUUCCCGGUUUUCUUUUCGCCCAGCUUUGUUUCCCUUGCCGUUUUCGAGAAGUGGCACGAGGGCAGGUUUAUUUCUCAUUUAGGAAUCCAUUUAUUGCCAUGCAUGGGGUGCACAGAAAUACCGCUAUUUCUUCAUCUCAAGUGACUAGUUCGACUUUGGGGCCCUCCCUUUCUUUUUCCUCACAGAAAGGAUUGUUAAGCAUCGGAAUGGACCGCCCAGGGAGGUGGUGGACUCCCCAUCCCUGGAGGUGUUUAAGGAAAGACUGGAUGUGGCACUCAGUGCCAUGGUGUGGUUGACACGGUGGUGUCCGGUCACAGGUUGGACUCGGUGAUCUCAGAGGUCCUUUCCAAGCUAAUCGAUUCUGUGAAAUCAGGAAUUCGGCUCCCGGGGCAGCCUGACCUGCCCGGGCUAAGGGCGGACCGGGGCCCUCAGCAAGAGCCCGGCUCCAGCCCCCGUCCUGCCCCAGGCUGGACCGGGACGCGGAACUCGCGGAGGAGCCGGGAGGAGG